AUGUCCUCCGGUAGUGGGACUAUAUGUAGGGGCACUAUGUUGGCGAAUCCUGGCUUUGGGAGAUGUGAGAGGAAAGUUGCGUGUUGCGAGAAGUGCUCAGCGACUCUCGUUGCUCUGAAGAAGCAAGCUCUGAGCCUGGCUGUCCACCAUCACUUCUCCUGCAAGGACUCUGGUGACCUGUCUGUGUUUCUUCAUGACAACCUUCGUGUCCAUAGUCGGUCCACCAAUGAGCCCAGGGACAGAGAGAGGGAGCAGGGCGAGUGUGGAGCCUGCGGUCUAAACCUGAAUCAGCUCAAACAAGAGGCCGUCCACUUAGCUCUGAGCAGGGGUCAGUCAUUAGCUAAGCCUCCCUUUGAACACAGCUUUAGCACUGGUACACUGCUGGGACAAAGUGAGACAAAGCAUGGGGAAAGGGCUCCAAGGGAAGCGGCCACGGCUGUGCAUCAAUCGCGCAGUCGCACCCACAGUCCUCACAGCCCGAGAAGCCCGAGGACGCCUCAGAGGACCCCUCAAACCCUCAGACGGAGGGGGCCCAAGCUCCCCAACCCUGAUAUGGACCGCUGGGUAGAGGAGCAGCAGCAGAUGGUUGCUUCUAAAUCUGUGUCUAGCACUGAUGGUCACACCAUCUACCCUCACCAUCAGGCAGCAGAUGAUGCUGCUUUGGGCUGUGGCGACGCUGGGAUCAUACAGACUAGCUCAAAGAUCCCUCACAUUGCCAGAGUGGUGACCAUCGCCAACACUGCUGCUAUGUCCCUUUUAGCCAGGGCGGCCGAGAAGCUCAACCUGACAUUGAGGAAAAAAGGCCAGGCUUCUGAUCCAGCUCCCGCUCAUUUCUCCACCUGCUUCAGGGAGCUGAUCCAGAAAAACCCACCGCCCGUCCCCUCCUGCCUGCUCCAAGCUGCCACUAGAACCAAAGACUCGCCCAAUGUUGGCAAGGUCAAAGUCGUUCUGAGGGUGAGUCCAACACUGUCAGUGGGCCAAGGCCAACCACCUGUUCUCCGGAUUGACCCGUCCAAGAAAAGAGUCACCAUAAUGGAACCAAUCAGCAAAAGCAAACCACACGCUACAAUGACACUAGACAGGACUGGCAAAAGUCUUCUCAAGACAUUCAACAUUGAUGCUGUCUAUCCUCAAGAGUCAAGCCAGGCCGAGGUGAGUGCAGGCGUCUUGGCUGAUGUCAUCCGCUGUGUGCUCAGCGGCAGCGAUGGAUGUGUCCUGGGUUUGGGAUGUGCUGAUGUGGGCUCCUGGUCCAGCAUGGUGGGGAGCGGUGAAAGCAUCCAGAAGCUCGGGCUGAUUCCCUGUGCCAUCUCCUGGCUGUACAGUGCCAUCGAGCGGCGGAGGGAGAAGACCUGGACCGAUCUGACUGUAUCCGUGUCUGCUAUAGAGCUUUGCUGUGGAGAGGAGGACACACUAAGGGAUCUGCUGGGGGAGGUUGUCCCCUCAUUAGGCAGUAUCCAGGACAGCCCAAAAGCCCAUAUUAGACUUCAAGAGGACCCCAUCUAUGGGAUUCAGCUACGUAACCACAACCGGGUGAAGGCCCCCACUGCUGAGCGGGCUGCUUCACUCCUGGAUGCGGCCAUUGCAGCACGUCGACACAGUGACUUCGUUACAUACCUGUCCCACAGCUCCAUAAUGUUCUUCACUCUCCACGUCCAGCCCCCUCGUACAGAAAGCAGCACCAUUGGCAAAGGUUCACGUGGCCCCACUAAGUUGACCAUGAUAGAUGUAUGUAGUGGUAUGAGGGGUAUAAACAAAAAUAAACCUCCAUAUUCUGAACUGGGCCCUGUUGUCUUGUCUCUACUAAGUGGACAUAAGCCCACCCCCAACAAGGGUAGUAAGUUGACUAUGCUCCUUCGAGAAUCCUUGGGCCAUGUUAAUUGCCAUACCACACUGAUGGCUGAGGUUGCUGAUUCUCUGGCACACCUUCAAGAGACCUUAUCCACCAUCCAGCUGGCUUCUCGCAUCCGCAGGACGCAGAAGAGGACGAAGCAGUCCACCUCAUGUUCUCCAUCCGGGAGGAGUUUGACUAAAGAUUAUGAGAGAGGACCUCAGUCUUUGUCCCUGCGGGCAUUCCACUCCACUGAUGAGGUGGAUGCUGACAUCCCUCGUUUCCGUUUGCGUGGUGAACUGGAUGAGCGCUCCAGUAGUGACCAGUCCUGUGACACAGUCAUCCAACUAGACUCCGAUGGCUUGGUCCAGUCCAAAACAACCUCAAGACUGGCACAACCUGAAUUUGUGCCCAUCAUACCCUCUUUGCAUCCUAACAAGGCUGACAUGGAUGACCCAGAGUUUACUGCUCUGCUCCAAGAGCUUCUGAGAAUUCCUCAGCUGCAGGCAGAGAAGAAGUCUGAGGAAACUGUUCAAGGGAAUAUUGAAGUGCUGAAAGCAGACAUAAAGAAACCAGGGAGGGACUGUCUUAAAUGUGACACAUUUGCUGAACUUCAAGAGCGCCUGGGCUGUAUCGAUGGAAGUGAGACAACAAUGGAUGUGCUCAAGUCUUUCUUAAAAGGGCCACCUGUUAACAAUGUCACAACCAAAUCACAACCCCAGAAAGAAACAAGGAAACAGGCAGACAGUGAAUCAUCAGAAACACCACAGACAUUUUUGAAUCAGGGGUUAGGUUGCAGUCAGACCUCUGUUGUAGAAAAGCAAACAGAUGGCACCUUCCCCGGAGACAGUUUUCAGAGAGAAGAUUCGGGUCUGUAUGACUGCGAGGAGUGCAGUGCAACCAGUUCCAGUGAGGAACUGCUGAAUCAAACUCACAGUCUUAACAAGACGAGUUGCUCUGAGCUUCCCAGAAAUGGCCCUCAUAAGUCAGAUGAUAAGCUCUCUUCUCAAGACUUUAAUGUUGAUGCUCAGGGCAUGGCCAUCACCAGUUCCCUUGCACCUACAGGUAAACAGGGGAGUCCUGAAGCUGCUGAUUGGUUCAAACCAGACAAAAGGACCUCACCAGUUGGCAAGAGCUCCCCCAUAUCUCCUUCCUCCUCCUGUUCCUCUUCACACUCCUUGGCUACCAGUGUGAUAGAUGUCUUACCUAAUCAGCCCAUAGAGGACAUUAAGGAAAUGAAGGCCACUAUCACAGUAACUGUUCAACAGCCACUGGACCUAAAAGGUCAAGAUGAACUUGUCUUCUCCAUGGUGGAGGAGGUGACCAUCAGUGGAGCAUUGAACAGAGGGAGGACAGGUGGAAACAUUAUUUGUAUCAGAGAUACUGCCCAAUCACAGAGUCAUGUUCAAGGCUCUGCUAGCUCUCAACCGAUCAGGAUAAUCAGCAAUGUCAGCGAAGAAUCUGUAGCUGCAGGUUCCUCUAAUACAAACAAAAACUCUGUAGUUCAAUCUGUUGCUACAGAGGCUAAAACUGAAAAUCCCCAGUAUCAAUUCAGGAGGGAAAAGAAGUUCUUACCUUCCUUUAUAAAUCCCAUGCUGAUUAAUACAGAUAUGGAUUGUGAGUUGGAUGGUGCGAAAGAAAAACAAAGUCCUAUUGACACUUUUACAGGUGCCAAGUCGUGGUCUGAGUUAAGAGGGAGCGAUGUCAAAUGUCCAGAUGAUAGGAAGGCUCUUGAGAAGAGGACCGGGGCGUGUGCGUCUGAGACACAUACCAAAAAGUCUGACAAAGUAUGUGACUCGUCGUAUGACCCAGUGGUUUUGGAAGAUUCAGCUUUCUGUGAUGAAACUGCAGAAAACAAAAUGUGUGGAAAGAGACAGAGAAAUAAAGACAAGAGCCACUCUAGAGACAGGGAGCAUGUUUGUUCCACUAACACUCCAAGGGGCUCAGAAGGGGGAGAAAUCUGUUCCAGACGGGUUGGGAAUGCCCUCAAGAGAAUUGGUGCUUCACCUGGUUGCCAAGAAACCACCCCUGCUUCCUUUAAAGCUGGUAGUUUGCCUAGAGGUUGGCAAAAUGCCAGCCACCAGGACAGCUACCAUGGCGGUUACAUGACAGACAACCACAGAGACCCAAGGGGGGUGACAUCAUCCACCCCGUGUAGCCCAAGGGUAACUUUGGAGAGGAGGCAGGGCAGACAGCACUCCCCAGCGAACCACAGCCUCCAUGUGUCCUCUCCUCGGAAAUAUGGAGCAGAAUACAAACAGCAUUCUAGUAGUGCUCCCAGAAAGAGUAUUGAAUGUUUGUUUGAGACCUCAAGUACAAGAAUGAAACAUGAUCACAUGAGUGGGAGGCCAAAGUCACCCAUUGAGGACAGCAGCAGGCUUUUCAGUGCCAAAUUGGAGCAGCUGGCUACCAGGACUAAUUCCCUUGGUAGAACCCCGAGGGACUUCCCAACUCUGGAUAGAGAUAGUAGUAAUAACUCUAUGAGCUCUAAGGGAAGCUCUAAGGGAAGUACUGAAGGUGCUUGUAAGGGAGGUUAUAAAGGACGUAAUGAAGGAGAUUGUACCUUACCAAGGGCUAGCCGGAGCCCCAGGAAGAAUCCUCGGUCUGAUCAGAGUCAUCACUUCUUUCCCUCUGAAGACCCUUUAACUCAGUCUGCUAGGCAUACCCAUUCCAAGCUUUCUGCUGUGGGGAAACUUAAGAUGGCUAGCCCCAAAGUCCGUCGCCUGUCUGCCCCCAGUAUCAAGAACCUCAGUCUCCCCCACAAAAGCCUGCGGCAGUCCAUUAACCGCAGUGCCAGUCUUUCCCCAGAUGGCAAAACUGUUAGCUUUGAGCGGACAUCCUCCUUUCUUUCCUCUUCCCCUCCACGGUCGUUUCCCUCCAUCAGUCGAACUCCGAGCCAGAGCUCCACAUGCUCAUCCACGAAAUCUGCCAUCCAGGGGUUUGUCAAUGGCCGGAUCUCAGACCUCCUUAAGGAAAGGGCCUCCAGCCCCACUUCAGGAGGACUGGACCACAUGAUAGCAGUUCCCUCACCAUACAGCCGGGUGACUGCUCCCCGCACACCUGAUCACCUGAGUGGGCAUGCGAGUGACACCACUAGUGUGUUGAGUGGAGAUUUACCACCAGCUAUGGGGAAGACAUCCCUGCAUUUCUCCAACAGGAACAGUUUGGUGAGCAGUGGAUAUGAUAGCAUGGUAAGGGACAGUGAAGCCACAGGCAGUAGCACUUCAAACAGAGAUUCUGUCAGCGACAGAAGCGGCUCCCUCCUCAGUGUGGCUCGCAGCAGCCGAUCAUCUCGGAGGAGAGGCAACACAGGUACUCACCAGCGUCGUCUUUCCCAUGAUACACCCCUGUCCCUGAGACGCUCGACUAGCGGUCUGCGGUCUCGCUGGGUGGAUCGGGGAAUCCCCGAGGCCUACGAGAUCAAGGUCUAUGAGAUCGACAAUGUGCAGAGGAUGCAGAAAAGAGCAGGGGCCUGCAUGCUUCAGUGCCAAGCUGAAGUUUUUGGAGCACCGUCAGCAGAGGAUCUCAGAGGUCCGGGCCAAAUACAGCCACCUGAGGAGAGAGCUAGAGCAGGCCAAACACAACCUCAUGCUGGAGCCCGCCAAGUGGAACCAAGAGUUCGACCUGUGGCAGACCUUCGAGGUGGACUCCCUGGAGCAUCUGGAGGCCCUUGA